AUUUUUUUUUUUGGGAAUUUUUAAUUUUUUCUUUCUUUCUUUCUUUCUUUCUUUCUCCUGGGUGGGAUGUUUUGGAUAGAUAGAGAAUGGCCUGUGCUAGCAGACAUUUCUACCAUCAUGUUCUUCUUCUUCUUCUCAUUUUUCUCUCACAGAUUCUUCUUCAUUCUUAAAUGCCCAUGAAUCCUCAGUUCUCAGCUUCUUGUUCUUCUUCUUCUUAUACCACCCUCUUUAUUCCUUGUAGUGCUAGAUCUCUACAGCUUGGUUUACUUGAGAGUCAAACCUCAGCUACAUGCUUGUGGGAUUUCAUGAAUUUAAGGCCUACUCUUCUUCACUAACUGAGAUUCUGUGUUGGGGGGUUGCUGUACGUGUUUGUGAUUUGAUUACUGUAAUUGGGAAUCUUGGUUGCCCAGUUUGGCCCAAUGCUUGAUUUGGGCUUUAGGAUUAAAAGCCAGAAUCUUUUUGGAUUCUGUGUUGCUAGUAGUGUGUGAAUUUAUUGUCUUUCACUCUCAGAGAGUUUGAAGCUGUUUUGGGUGGAUAAGGUAGCAGCACACCCACCACAACAUCCGCAUCCUUUAUAGACCUGCCUGAAUUUGCAAGUGAGUCACUUCAUCAUAUUGGCACUGUUUCUAGCUAACUUGGGUUGGGUGGUCCUGUGGAUGAGUUUGCUUCAUGUCUUCGGGUUCGGUUUAAAAGUGGGGCAUCUACUUUGGAUGCUAUGUUGCUGGAUUGUUUCUGUGAUUUCCAUGAAUUGGUACCUUAAUGGUGGAAUUAUGGACACCAAGAGUGGUAGUUUGCUUGGUGAUGGCGCCAAUAUGUGCCUCAAAUUGUGGGAGAAGAUCCCAUUGAACAUUACUAAGAUCCGCCAUCAUUACUACCAGUAUAUUGGGUCCAAGAGAGUUCAGAAGACUUGGUGGAAGAGGCUCUUGGUUUCCUGGGUGGUUGGUUGGACUAUUGCUUGCUUUUGGAUCUUCUGGUACAUGAGCUCAGUGGCUGCUGAGAAGAGGAAAGAGACUCUUACGAGUAUGUGUGAUGAGAGAGCCAGGAUGCUGCAGGAUCAGUUUAAUGUGAGCAUGAACCAUAUUCAGGCCAUGUCGAUUCUCAUCUCGACAUUCCACCACGCCAAGUAUCCAUCUGCAAUUGACCAGAGAACUUUUGCGAGGUACACUGAAAGAACUGCUUUUGAGAGACCUCUUACAAGUGGUGUGGCAUAUGCUGUAAGGGUGCUCCACUCGGAGAAAGAACAAUUUGAGAAGCAGCAAGGCUGGACUAUCAAGAGAAUGGAUACCCUCGAACACAACCAAGUCCAUAAGAAUGACUAUACCCCAGAAUUGCUGGAGCCACCCCCAAUUCAGGAAGAAUAUGCUCCUGUCAUAUUUGCUCAGGAUACCGUUGCACAUGUCAUUUCUUUCGAUAUGCUGUCUGGGAAGGAAGAUCGAGAUAAUGUGUUGCGCGCAAGAGAAUCAGGAAAGGGGGUCUUGACUGCUCCAUUUCGGCUGCUUAAAACUAAUAGGCUUGGAGUAAUACUGACCUUUGCUGUCUACAAGAGAGAUCUACCUUCAAAUGCAACUCCAAAUGAAAGAAUUCAAGCAACCGAUGGGUAUCUAGGCGGAAUCUUUCAUAUUGAGUCACUUGUGGAGAAGUUACUUCAACAACUUGCAAGCAAGCAAACUAUCCUUGUCAAUGUGUAUGAUACUACCAAUCAUUCGGAGCCAAUCAGCAUGUAUGGUUCAAAUGUUUCAGAUGAUGGAUUGCGGCAUAUUAGUACCUUAAAUUUCGGAGAUCCCUUAAGGAAGCAUGAGAUGCACUGCAGAUUCAAACAUAAGCCACCGUGGCCGUGGUUAGCCAUCACAACUUCAAUUGGGAUCCUUGUGAUUGUGUUGCUUGUUGGGCAUAUUUUUCAUGCAACUGUAAAUAGGAUUGCCAAAGUGGAAGAUGAUUUCCAUAAAAUGAGCGAUCUCAAGAAACAGGCCGAAGCUGCUGAUGUUGCCAAAUCUCAGUUCCUUGCAACUGUAUCCCAUGAGAUUAGAACCCCAAUGAACGGUGUCCUAGGUAUGUUGCACAUGCUUAUGGAUACAGAUCUAGAUGUAACUCAACAAGAUUAUGUCAGAACUGCCCAGGGUAGUGGAAAAGCCCUAGUCUCACUUAUAAAUGAGGUCUUGGACCAGGCAAAAAUUGAAUCUGGUAAGCUGGAGCUCGAGGCAGUGCGUUUUGAUCUGCGAGCAAUUUUGGAUGAUGUUUUGUCACUGUUUUCUGGGAAGUCUCAAGAAAAAGGAGUGGAGCUGGGAGUAUACAUCUCAGAUCAGGUUCCUGAAAUGCUUAUUGGUGAUCCUGGAAGGUUUCGGCAAAUUAUUACCAAUCUCAUGGGGAAUUCGAUCAAAUUCACAGAGAAAGGACACAUCUUUGUCACUGUCCAUUUGGUUGAGGAGCUGAUUGACUCGAUAGACGUUGAGACUGAAUCAUCAUCGAAAAACACUUUGAGUGGGUUCCCUGUUGCGGAUAAACGCUGCAGCUGGGAAGGAUUUAGGGGUUUCAGUGAAGAGGGAUCUGCAAGCUCGUUCUCAUCGUCGUCUGAUGUCAUCAAUCUUAUUGUGUCUGUUGAGGACACAGGGGUUGGAAUCCCUCUAGAAGCCCAAUCUCGUGUUUUCACUCCUUUUAUGCAGGUGGGACCAUCUAUCUCACGGACACAUGGUGGCACAGGAAUUGGACUAAGCAUAAGCAAGUGUUUAGUUGGCCUCAUGAGAGGGGAGAUUGGUUUUGUGAGCAUUCCCAAGGUUGGUUCCACAUUUACAUUUACCGCUGUUUUCGCCAAAGCCCGCUGUGAUUCGAAUGAAUUUAAGAUCCAGCAAAUCAACAGCCAAGCAAAUGCUGCAUCCUCAGACUUUCAUGGCAUGACAGCAUUGGUUGUGGAUCACAGACCUGUGAGGGCCAAGAUGUCAAGAUAUCAUAUCCAGAGGCUUGGAAUUCGUGUUGAAGUCGCUUCUGAGUUGCAUCAGGCUUUGUCUUGCAUAAGCUCUGGGAAUACAACUAUAAAUAUGGUCCUUGUUGAACAGGAGGUUUGGGAUAAUGAUUCAUGCAGUUCAGCUCUCUUUAUUGAUAACUUAAAGAAACUUAAAUGUCCGGUUCCUCCUAAGCUGUUCCUUCUUGCCAAUUCUAUAAGCAGUUGCAGAACAAGCUUUGUGAAUUCAGGUGUCUGUACGCCAAGUAUUAUCAUGAAGCCUCUCAGGGCAAGUAUGCUUGCUGCCUCACUACAAAGAGCCAUGGGAAUUGGUAACAAGGGUAAUACACGGAAUGGUGAGCUCCCAAGUUUGUCUCUCCGCAAUCUUCUACUUGGAAGAAAAAUUCUUAUUGUGGAUGAUAAUAAAGUGAACCUCAUAGUAGCUGCUGGUGCUUUGAAAAAGUAUGGGGCUACAGUGAAGAGUGCAGACAGCGGUAAAGAGGCAAUCUCACUGCUUACACCACCCCAUAGUUUUGAUGCCUGCUUCAUGGAUAUCCAGAUGCCGGAAAUGGAUGGUUUUGAAGCUACGAGGAGAAUACGCGACAUAGAACGCAAUGUCAGCAAUAGUAUUCAACAUGGCGAGGUUUCUGCGGAGGACUAUGACAAUAUUUUAUCAUGGCAUGUACCCAUUCUGGCCAUGACUGCAGAUGUUAUUCAGGCCACCCAUGAGGAAUGCACAAGGUGUGGAAUGGAUGGAUAUGUUUCUAAACCAUUUGAAGCUGAACAGCUUUAUCGAGAAGUUUCACGUUUUCUCCAAUCUCCUGCAAAAGGUACUUCGUAGAGAGGACUUCAAUCGAUGAGGACCUGCUGAGGGCAUUGGCACAAGCAUCUCUUCCCCAGGACACUGUAAAUGGAUUCAGAGUUUUCCCAGUAGAUAGCAUUUCCUAGUAGCAGAGAGUGUAUAUAGGAGCCCUGCUCGAUUAGUUGGGAUUUGAGGUUUUUCUGUUCACAUAUCCCUUACCAGAUUCAAAGCUGGUUCAUUUUUCCUUGUAAAGUUGAUCGAUCUCCAUGCCUUUCACUGAAGUUGGUCAGUAACAUGGAACUUCUAAGUUCCAGAGAUCCUGAAUCCAACUACUUUAAAGUGAGAGAAGUACAAGCCUUGUGUGUGGUGAAUAGGAAGCACUGGGUUUGCAUAUUCCCAUCGCAAAUGUAAUAAUACAAGUUGCAGUGAUUGAAAGAUAUAUCACCCUUUUCUGAGUAUCAGUGUAUUGUAUAGAUUGAUUUGGCAGAGAGGAGUAAUUGUAGCUUUAUUGGGAAGCAGAUGGAGAAUGCACAAUGUAUAUUGCAAAGUUAAUAAAGAUGUGUAAUCAGAUUCUUUUGCUUUCGCGGUUUCCUCCCUAUCAGUUACAAAAGUUUGAUUCUGUCUUA